AUUGCAUAUCUCCCGCUUUGUCAUCCUCCGUGAACUUUAUAGUCGAAGGCAGUAGUCACUGAUAUUGUUAAGACAAAUUUACCUCAACUUUCUACAAUGACAGACAGGCAAAACAAAGUCAGCAGGAAUUCAAAAUCAAAAGAGUCUAUUGAUACCUUACCCGAUGAAAUACUGAAUGAUUUACCUAAACUUGGAUCCGUGACAGAUAGGUUCGGCAACACGUUUUAUUUCGGCAAUGCCGGCGGCUACUGGCAACCACCGUUUCGGAUUGGUGCCGACACCGACUACAUGACACACGCACGGAAUAUCAGAGACAUGGAGAUACGUCCUGAUGAUGUCAUGAUAUGCUCGUAUCCCAAGACAGGUCUACAUUGGCACCGAGAGAUUGUGACCAUGCUAAUGAAUAAAACAUCCUCACUGAGCACGAAAAUUGACGACACCAUUUGUGCGUUAGAGAAAAAACCGAUACACGUUUUCUCCAGCAGAGAAUCGCCAAGGCUGAUUAACACUCAUGUGCCGUUUAGAUACUUACCCAAGCAAGCUUUGAAAAAAAAAAUUAAAAUAAUUUUCUUGGACAGAAACCCCAAAGAUGUUCUUGUCUCGGCCUACAGUCAUUUGAAAAAAACCGUUCAUCCCUUCAAUUAUCCGGGAACAUUUGAGCAAUUCGUUUACCUUAAUCUGGAAGUUGGUCAUAUGUUUGGCCAUUUGUUCACAUAUCUGAUGGAUAGGCAGGAAGGUAUUGAUGCUAACCCGGAUGUUCCAUUCUUCACAUCAGUGUACGAGGAUAUGAUAUUAGAUACAAAAGCUGGCGUGAAAAAAUUGAAUGAGUUUCUGGGGACUGGAUGUAGCGAGGAGCUGUGUGAGAAGAUAGCUGAGGCCUGUAGCUUCGACAGUAUGAAACCUUUCAAAGAAGCCAAUGCAACAAUAAAUGAAAGUGUUUGGUUUCGAAAUAGAGAAAUUGGCUACUACAGAAAAGGUGCUGUUGGCGACUGGAAAAACUGGUUCACUGAAGAUUUAAACGAAGAAUUCGAUAGAGAAUACAAGAAACACAUGGCUGACUACAGGACUGUUUACAAAUAUAGUUUAGAGUAAAAAUGAAUCAAGAUGGGCAAAUGUAGAAACAUUUGUCUACCAUUUUUUGCGACCAA